ACCGCAGUCUGGGUAGAAAGACGCAUGCGCCAAACUUGCUUGACAACACCACGCGCACUGACUGCUUUCAACGGCGUUAAAAAUCAAAUAUGUCAGUCAUUAAACGUCAAGAUCUUGCAAAAUGUUCAGAAAAGUUGUUGAAAAGGAAAGAAUGCAAAUUCGAAAAACAAGAAAUAGAGAAGCUGAUUACAAUGUUUGCCAACAUCACUGGCGGUUUGAAUAAUAAGUUGGACCGUACAAAGUUUCGUGAUAUUCUACAUAUCAGCUUCAAUAUGACGGAUGAUAUCCUCAUGGAUAGAGUUUUUAGGGCAUUUGACCAGGAUAGUGAUAAUUACCUGACCCAUGAGGAAUGGGUUCUUGGCCUGUCUACUUUCUUGAAGGGUGCCCAAGAUGAUAAGAUCAAAUAUUGUUUCAUUGUCUAUGAUCUGAAUGGAGAUGGAUGGAUAUCAAGAGAAGAAAUGUUCCAACUUUUGAAAACCUCAAUUCUAAAACAUUCCUCUGAAGAAGACCAGGAUGAAAACAUCAAGGAACUGGUGGAACUCAUUCUGAAGAAGAUGGACCAUGACCAUGAUAGCAGGCUCAGCAUGAGUGACUUCAAACAGGCCGUGGAGGCAGAAAUCCUACUACUGGAGGCCUUUGGUCCAUGUUUACCAAGUCCCAAGCUCAGAGACGCUUUCCUACAGGAGUUGACUCAAGAACAGGGAAAAUUCUGAAGAUUUCAUGUUCUGUGAAACAACAAAAAAUACUGCUACAAGCUCUGAGGAAAAGUCUCGUUUAUUAAAUUGAAGAUUUUAGGGGCAACCUAUCUUUUGCAGAUCCAAACUGGCAAAUUGUGGGAUUCAAUAGAUAAAGCUUCAUUUGUACAUAUACUCAUUUAAUUUUAGGCGAGGGACCCAUCACAUUAUGAACUCAAAAGACUGUGAUAUUUUCGUGCAUUAUAAGUUGUGUGCCUUUUGUCUUGUUGUUAGCUAUAGCUGUACUUCUGUCACAUACUAUUUAUACAUAAUAUUAUCUGUUUAUUGUAAGAAAUACUCACAAUAUGUUGACAAUCACAUUGAUUGAAAUGAAUAAAUAAAACAAAAAACAUA